UUGCUUUCACAAUUCACACAGUCUUGGAUUUAAACUUUGUGAAGGCGAAUAAAAAAAUAUAAUUUAAGAGUAAACAGAUAAUAUUGAAUAUUAACCUUGUUUUCUUAUGAAGUAUUUAGUUUGUAUUUAAAGUCAUUACCCAGAUAAGCAAGUUUUUCUCUUUAAUAAAAAACAUUCGUCUUUACAAAUAUGGCUCUAAAACUUUCAAAUCUUAUGCUGAAAAAUAGGACAUGGCAUCUUAGUUCAAUAAAUAUGUCUUUCAGUUCCAAACCCACACCAGAAAUACCAAAAAAUAAGUUGGAGCCCUUGAUCUCCGCCCAUACACAACAAGAGAAUGGUGUUGUUUAUGAUAAGAAACCUUUUCGGAUGCUUCUAGAAGCAGGUAAAAAAUACUCAUGGUGUUUAUGUGGUAGGAGCCACAAACAGCCACUUUGUGAUGGAACCCAUAGAGGUGAACAACUAAAAAUAAAACAAAAGCCUAUUAGAUUUAUGGUGGAAGAAACCAAGGAAUAUUGGCUCUGCAACUGCAAACAAACAAAUAACAGACCUUUUUGCGAUGGUUCACACAAAUCACAAAGGGUUCAGGAUGCUACAUCUAUAGUUAGGCAAUAAAGCUAGUUAUUUUAUACGUGUAAAUAUAAGGUAGUAAAAAAAAAACAACUGUAAUGUAUUAAAAAAAAUGCUAAAUUGA